UAUAAACGUAAGCCUAACAAUUAACACAGUAAAGGAAAGAAGCUUAGCUGGGGUACGAGGGAAAGUAAAAAAUGGAAGACAUAGAGGAUCUGGUCGUCGGAGCCGGUGGUGCUCCUCCUGGUUUUCGAUUGCCAUUGUCUUCUGUUGGACUCAAGCCCAAGAAGAAAAACAACAACCCCACCAAACCUAAUGCUAAACUCUCUCAAAUCCCUGGCAUUCAGACAAUAUAUAUCAAGACUUUUGGGUGCUCACACAACCAGAGUGACAGUGAGUAUAUGGCUGGUCAACUUUCUGCAUUUGGUUAUUCAUUAAGCGACAGUCCUGAGGAAGCAGACCUGUGGCUGAUUAAUACAUGCACAGUUAAAUCCCCAAGUCAGUCUGCCAUGGACACUCUAAUAGCAAAAUGCAAAAAUGCAAAAAAGCCCCUAGUGGUGGCUGGAUGUGUGCCACAAGGAAGUCGAGACUUGAAAGAGCUUGAAGGGGUCAGUAUAGUUGGAGUCCAGCAAAUUGACCGUGUGGUUGAAGUUGUGGAAGAGACCCUGAAAGGUCAUGAGGUGCGGCUUUUGAACCGCAAGACAUUGCCUGCUCUUGACCUUCCAAAGGUGAGAAAGAACAAGUUUGUCGAGAUUCUUCCAAUUAAUGUUGGUUGUUUAGGUGCUUGCACUUAUUGCAAGACAAAGCAUGCUCGUGGUCAUUUAGGGAGCUACAUGAUUGAUAGCCUUGUCGGGCGUGUAAAUACUGUAAUAGCUGAUGGAGUUAAGGAGAUAUGGUUGAGCAGUGAAGAUACUGGAGCCUACGGUCGUGACAUUGGGGUCAAUCUUCCAACUUUGUUGAAUGCUAUUGUUGCUGAGCUUCCUCCUGAUGCAAGCACAAUGCUUCGGAUUGGGAUGACAAAUCCUCCUUUUAUUCUCGAGCACUUGAAAGAGAUAGCAGAGGUUUUGCGUCACCCAUGUGUGUACUCGUUUCUACAUGUACCAGUUCAAUCUGGGAGUGAUGCUGUCUUGAAUGCAAUGAAUCGGGAAUAUACUGUGAGUGAGUUUAGGACUGUGGUUGAUACCUUGAUUGAGCUUGUGCCUGGGAUGCAGAUAGCAACUGACAUCAUAUGUGGAUUUCCUGGUGAAACGGAUGAAGAUUUUGCUCAAACUGUAAGCUUUGUCAAGGAAUACAAGUUCCCUCAAGUUCAUAUAUCUCAGUUUUAUCCUCGACCAGGGACACCUGCUGCAAGGAUGAAGAAGGUCCCAAGUAAUGUGGUGAAGAAACGAAGCCGUGAGUUGACUUCUGUUUUUGAAGCUUUCACACCAUACAAUGGAAUGGAGGGUAGACUAGAAAGAAUUUGGAUAACUGAAAUUGCAACCGACGGAAUUCACUUGGUUGGCCAUACCAAGGGAUAUGUGCAGGUGCUAGUAAUUGCUCCUGAAAGUAUGCUUGGAACCUCAGCUAUUGUGAAGAUAACAAGUGUGGGAAGGUGGUCAGUUUUUGGAGAAGUGAUUGAGGCCAUCAACCAUAUCAAUGAUGAAUCAUCUUUAAGAAACAAUAAGCCUAGUCAGGCUAAAUGUUCACCAUGCUCUAACCCUGCUGAAAGUUGUGCAUGUACAAGAGAGCCAGAACCUUGUCCUUGUGGACAAGAAAGCUGCGGACCAACUACUCAUGAAGAAAGUUCUGUUUCAAGGAAUUCCAUGUUUGCAGAAGAUCUAAACAGCAGAAAUCUGAUUGGAUGGUUACUAAGGAAGCGGAAAAACCAUGUGCACAAAAAAGUGGAGUGCGAAAUUGCCUCGGGAUCCAUGAAAAAGCAAGAAUGGGCCCAGGGAAGCAUGGGUGUAUGGGGUGUUGUCGAUAAGGCUCUUUUGGUAGGAAUAUUUGUAAGUUUCUUGACAAUCAUGGCUUUACUGAUUCAUCUUGCAGUUAGGACUCUGGCGUCCAAUUAAAGAAUUUUGAUUGUAUUUGUCCGUUUCUGUGGGAGCAGAAAGAGAAUUUUGUUUCAACAAUUUUUUUGGAAGUGAGUUUUGUUAUAUGAUUGUUAUGUUGGAUAGCUCAGAUGCAUGUAUUUUACUAACAUUUUUUAGUAGGUGUGCCACACUGCUGAAUGUUUUUCUCAUCAUUUCAGUUUCCUCUAA